AUGAGGCCUGCCUUGGUUCUCAAGUUCGCGACUUUAGUCGCUGGUGACGUGCUCCCUCAGCUGGGAUGGGACCCCGAAACGGUGAAAAGCUGCGCUGGAUGGUAUGAUAACGCUGGAGAUGUUACUUGCGAAUACGUCAGACAACUAUUUGGUAUUCCGGCUGAGAUGUUUACACAAUGGAACCCUUCAAUCAACCUUGACUGUAAACCAUGGAGGAUCCAAUCCUACUGUAUUAUAACUCAGGAAAGGGUAGAUGAGUACGAAAGAACACAUGGUACUUCCACCGCGACUUCUACCUCCACUACAAAGUCUAUUACCACCAGAACCUCAACUACAAGCACCCUUGGCCCUUCGCCUACAAAGUGGACAGAGCUUGGCUGCUACAAUCAGGGCAUCCCAUCUAUCUUAGAGGAACGUAUAACUACUGAAGGGGGUGACGACACUCUCACCAUCCCGAAGUGUCAAGACAUCUGCUACCAUUUAAGCUUUUACUUUGCCGCUUUGAAAAGUGGUAAUGAAUGUUGGUGUAGCAGCUACAUUGGCGGCGAGUAUGCGAAGAACGCAGCUGAGUGUAACCGGCCUUGUGCUGGCGAUAAAACAACUAUCUGCGGUGGAAAAGACCGAUUUAACAUCUUUGAGGCCAAAAUACCAGAGCCGUGGGAAUCUAUGCGCAAGUCGACUCUGUCCAGCCCAGCUCCCACAGAACAGUUUGUUGCCGAAACUACCGAGCCCAGCUCAACGAUCAAAGAAAUGCCACCGGCCCCUAGAACGACUCAAUCCACCUCAGGCGGCAGCAGAAAUAUUGGGAUAUUUUAG